UAUGUACACAGACUAUGUAUGGUAGAGCGGUUAACGUUGGUAGUUGGUGUUGGUCAUUGGCCAUUGCCUAUUGGUCAUUCAGUAUUUCAGUCGCUCGACGCUAAUGUCGUUGGCAGGUUGGCACAUGUCACAUGACUACCAAAGUUUAUGACACGAUUAAAGUAGUAGUUACUUGUAGAAAUUAUUCUUAUUUUUUUUAUUAAAAUUGAAGUAUUUUUAACCAUUUGACACACCAUUCUCGAUUAGAAAUAAAUAUGGAAAUACGUUAUUAAUGUCACUAUACCUAACUACCUAAGUAUAGCCUGAAUACUAGUCAAUUUUUAAAAAAAAAUUUAUUUGCUCGCGAUAAUCGACUAUUUAUUGUUAAAAAUUGUCAAUAAUUUAAUUCAUAUAAAUUUUAAUUUCUAUUAUUUUUCAACUGCCUUCAGCUAUGGAAUCGAUAAUUUCAAAUGAAAAUUCUGCGAUGAUAACCGAAGAUGAACAUGAUCCUCAAAUAAAUUCUAAACGUGUCAAAUAUACAUUAAGAACUACAAAGAAACCAUACUUAACAUCUAAUGAUAACUCUUCAAAUGAAACAAAUCAUUUCCAAAGAAAGGUAUGUUGUGUGUUUUGUCAUAAAACAGAAACAGAAGAUGUGUAUAUACCUUCAGAUGCUGAACCAGAAUGCAUUGUGUUAACCAAUGAUGUUUUGGCCAAUAUUUUCACUGAUAAUUUUAAUAUUAUUCAACAUAACCUUAUAAAUUAUAGUAUUUAUGAUGAAAAUGGACAUAUGUGUGCAAUAGAUUCAGGAAUAAUGGAGAGAAAUGUAAAGUUGUAUAUAACUGGAUAUAUGAAACCAAUUUAUAACCGCAGUUUAAAUAUUGAAGAUGGAUUUGCAAGUAUGGCAGGCCCAAUAUUGGAAUGGUGGUUAUCAUCUUAUGAUGGAGGUACCCAAGCAUUAAUAGGUAUAAACACUGAAUAUGCUGAUUACUUAUUAAUUGAACCACAUCCUAAUUAUAAAAAAUAUAUGACGUCUGUGAUUGAAAAGAUAAAUCUGAGCAAAAUAGUAAUUGAAAAAAUGUUAGACAAUCAUGAAAAUGAUGAUCCAUCUUAUGAAGACAUUCUAAAUUAUGUUGUAACAUCUAUAAAUCCAGCAACAGGCAAUACGUUUUCAGAAGAAGAUCUUAUCACUCAUGCACAGUUUGUACUUGAUCAAGUUGUAGACUAUGACUCAACUGGUAUGUAUGAUUUUCCAUUAUCUGAGACUCAGUUUAUUGAAACUUUAACCCAACUAUCAGGGGCUGUAAAAUCUGUUAAUGCAACCAGAAGAUUAGGUAGAUUAAGACAAGACGCAUGUAUAAAAACUGAUUUCAGCCAACGAAAGUUCAGCAAAGCCACUACUACAGAGCUAGUGAAAGAUGUGUUUGAAAAUGUGUUUGCUGCCCAAUUAGAUAUAGAUGAUAAUCAAAGUGAAGAAACUAUGAAUAAACUUGUGAAGACUGUAUUUGAUUAUGUAUGCAAUGAAAAUGUUAGUAAUAAUCUAUCUGACAUCCAUUAUGUUGGGCAUCAAGUGAUGUGGAAUGAUCAAAAACUUUGUGAAAAAAUGUUUGUUGUUGUAAAAAAAAAUGUCUCAACAAUACCACUAAUAGGACGCAUAGAAUAUUUUUUAAAUGCGUUUAAAAAUAAAGCCCAUAUUCAACUUUUUAUGCAUAGCUAUGAAACUGUAUUGGGUGAAACAGCUGAUCCUCAAGAAAUAUUUGCUCUCAAAAAAUGUAUGGACAUUGAUCUUAAAAAUGUAGUCAAAAUAAUAGACGUUGUACAAAAAAUACCCAGUAAUAAUUGGUUCCAACUUGGUAAUUCAAAAUUACAAGAUCUCUUGGAACCUGUUAAUCGCAAAAAUAAAAAAUCAUUUUUUUAUCAACUACAAUAUGAUGACACAUAUGGACGAUUUGAGUAUCCUAAGUCUGAAGAAGCAAUUAGUGACAUUGAAAAUGAAUAUUGUAGUAAUUGUGAAGUUAUUGAUUUUGAAAACAAAUCAAAAGAACCAGAAUUACUUGAGUUUAUUGAAGAAGAAAAUGGUAUUUCAUAUUUUUAUAAAUUUAAAUUAUUAAAUGAAGAGUACAAAAUUGGUAAUUUUAUUUAUUUGCAACCUGGAAUAUUCUCUAUAGCUACUAGAUCAAAUAAGACCGAAGAAGAACAAUUUGAAUAUACAGAGAUAAAUAAAAACAAAAGUAAUGUAGAACUAAAAAUUAUUGAUGAAACUGUGUAUCCUGAGUAUUAUCGUAAAACUUUAGAAAAUAUAAUGCGUGGUUCAAAUGAAACUACUCCAGAUCCAUUUGACAUUGCAGAAAUAUUAGCUAUUUAUAUUAUUGAUCACAAUAAUAAAAAUAUUAAGUUAAUUGUACGUCGUAUGUAUAGAGCUGAACAAAUUCUUCUUGAAGAUUCUGCUAGAAAUGUAGAUAUGAAUAUGCUAUUUUGGUCAGAUGAAGAAUUUAGGAUCACAAGUGAAUGCAUAUUUGGUAAAUGUUAUGUUUCCUGUGGAACCAACCUUCAAGAUCCACUUGUAUGGUCUUCACGUGGUCCAGAUCGAUUUUAUUUUACAAAACAAUACGAUUGUAUAACUGAUUCUAUUGUUCCUGAGUAUAAACUCCCAUGUGAAGCUAAACUGAUAGGAAAAGAAGUAUAUGUUAAUUAUAACUAUAAGUAUGUGGAUGAAGAUAAAUUACAGUAUAUACCAUCAUAUGAAAAAAUCAAACCACUCAGAGGACUUGAUAUAUUUGCUGGUUGUGGCGGUUUGUCUAGAGGAUUAGAAGAUAGUGGUCUUGUUAUAAGUAACUGGGCUAUUGAAUGUGAUGAAAUGGCUGCAGAAGCAUUUAAAUUAAACAAUCCAAAGUCAACUGUGUUUGUUGAAGAUUGUAAUCAUUUAUUGAAAUUAGCAAUGUCCGGAGAAAAGACAAAUAAUAAAAAUCAAAACAUACCACAAAAAGGUGAGGUUGACUUCAUAUGUGGAGGUCCUCCUUGUCAAGGAUUUAGUGGAAUGAAUAGAUUCAAUUCUGGUCAAUAUUCAUUGUUCAAAAACUCUCUGAUUGUUUCAUUUUUAUCAUAUAUUGAUUUCUAUCGUCCAAAAUAUUUUGUUGUGGAGAAUGUCAGAAAUUUUGUAUCAUUUAAAAAUAGCAUGAUCCUUAAAUUGACACUUAGAUGUAUUACACGUAUGGGCUACCAAUGUACAUUUGGUAUUCUACAAGCUGGUAAUUUUGGUGUACCUCAAACUAGAAGAAGGUUAAUCAUUAUGGCGGCAGCUCCAGGUGAAACAUUGCCAUUUUACCCAGAGCCGAUACAUGUCUUUAAUAAAAAAAGUUCAAGCUUAAGUGUCCAAGUGGGCGAUAAAAAAUUCAAAACUAAUUGUAAGUAUGAAGAGUCAGCUCCUAUGAGAACUGUCACUGUAUAUGAUGCUUGGUCUGAUUUACCCGAAAUAUCAAAUGGAGCAUAUGAAGAAGAAAUUCCAUACAAAUCAAUCCCUAUUACUCAUUUACAGAAAUUAUUAAGAUGUCCAGAUAACCGAUAUGCAGAAUCUAUAUUGAGUGAUCAUAUAUGCAAAGACAUGUCACCUUUGGUCCAAGCUAGAAUGGAAUUGAUACCAGUAGGUGAAGGAAGUGACUGGAGAGAUUUACCCAAUAUAAAAGUACAAUUACCUGAUGGAAGUUUUACCAAUAAACUUUUGUAUACUCACCAUGACAUCAAAAAUGGUUAUGGUCUAAAUGGUGAAUUGCGUGGUGUUUGCCAAUGUGCUAGUGGUGAAAAAUGUGAUCCGCAAGAUCGUCAAAACAAUACAAUUAUCCCUUGGUGUUUACCACAUACCGGCAAUAGACAUAAUAAUUGGGCAGGUUUAUAUGGUCGUCUAGCAUGGUCAGGUUUUUGUUCAACCACUAUUACAAAUCCUGAGCCAAUGGGAAAACAAGGUAGAGUACUUCAUCCUGAGCAACACCGUGUGGUGAGUGUACGAGAGUGUGCCCGUUCACAAGGAUUUAAAGAUUCUUUCAUAUUUCAAGGACCAAUCAUCAACAAACAUAGACAGAUUGGUAAUGCAGUUCCUCCACCAAUGGGUACAGCUAUUGGUCAUGAAAUAAUCAAAGCUAUUUGUCAAAACUCUAUGGUCUGUGAUUAUUAAAAUGUUAUUAGUUGCAUAUUUAGAUGACAAUAUUAUUAACAUAUUUUGUUUU